GUGUAUUUCUAGUUUAUAUACAUUUCCGUUCAUCAAACGAAAGACGUUCCAGUAGUACCAAUCAAUUUAUGAUAAAGACCUUAAAAUACUAAUAUACGUCAAGACACUGUAACCGGACUUAACUUUGAGAAACUAAAAAUAAGAUAAUAAUGGUCCAAAUAAGAAUCUCAGAUGGAAUUUUAGAGGGAGAAAUGGUACAAAAUAUAUAUGGAGGAUCAUUUUAUAGUUUUAAAAGUAUUCCUUAUGCAAAACCUCCUAUUGGUGAUCUAAGAUUUAAGGCCCCACAACCCGUUGAACCUUGGAAUUAUAUCCGUAACGCAAAAGAUUCAGGACCUGAGUCGUAUCAAUCCGAUUCUUUCUUCCAAAAAAAGAUUUUUGGACAAGAGGAUUGCCUAUAUCUUAACGUUUAUACACCUGAUCUAAAACCUUACAAAUCUUUCCCUGUAAUGGUGUGGAUUCAUGGCGGUGGCUUUUUAAGUGGUAGUGGAAAUGAUGAUAUGUAUGGUCCUGAAUUUAUAGUUAAUAAAGACGUAAUUUUGGUAACCAUAAAUUAUAGACUUGGAGCUCUAGGUUUUCUUUGUCUGGAUACGGAAGAAAUACCAGGAAACGCAGGUAUGAAAGAUCAAAUUGCAGCGUUACGAUGGGUACAAAAUAAUAUAGAAAAUUUUGGCGGAGAUCCUAGCAAUGUAACAAUAUUUGGAGAGAGCGCUGGAGCAGCGUGUGUUUCGUGUCACCUUAUAUCACCAAUGAGUGUAGGUCUCUUCAAAAGGGCUAUUAUACAAAGUGGGUCUAUCACAAAUUAUUGGGCAAAAUGUCAAAAACCACGUGAUCGUGCUUUGAUUCUAGCAAAAAAGUUAGGAUGCUUUACAGAAAAUGAUGAAGAACUAGCUAAGUUUUUCAAAUCCCUGCCCGUGGAGUCCUUGAUCCAAAUUAAACUACCGAUAACAGCAUCAGAAAAUUUUAUAGAAAAGAUUCAUUUAUAUUUUGCAAUAGUCGAUGAAAAAAAAUUCGGCAAUAAUGAGAGAUAUUUUUAUGAAAACGGUCUUACACUAAAUAUUCAUCAAGGUGUUGAUGUAAUUAUUGGAUAUGUGGAACAUGAAGGAAUAAUAGGUUUGAAAACUGAUAAAGACUUGAGUGUGAUAUUGGAUCACGCAAACUUUUAUCCGGAAUAUUUUGCACCAAAAUCUAUGGCUUUCAAAACCACAGUGAUGGAACAAUUGGAAAUGGGCAAGAGAAUUAAAAAAUACUAUUUUCGCGAAGAUAUAAUUUCGAUUGAAAAUCUGGAACAAUUAGUUAAUUUUCUUACAGCUGAACUUUUUGUUUACGGAAUAAUUGUAUUCGCAAGAUUUGUUGCCCAAAGUAAAAAAAAUAAAAUGUAUAUGUAUAAAUUUAGUUGUAAAUCAAAAAGAAACAUAUUUACUAAAAUAUUUGGGGCUGACAAUGUGUUGAGAAAUAAAACAUUUGUGUGCCAUGCUGACGAUCUUGGAUAUCUGUUUCCUAUGGAGGUAUUGCUAGAAGAUGUAGAUAUGAAUUCAAAAGAGUAUGAAAUGAUACAAACAGUAACAAAACUAUGGACAGACUUCGCUAAAUUUGGAUGUCCAACUCCUGACAAAAGUGCUGGGGUAGAGUGGGCGCCUUACACUUUAAAAAAGCAAAAUUAUGUAAACAUCGCCGAAAAAGUUAUUGCGUGUGAAGAACCAGAGAAAGAAGAUAUCAUUUUUUGGGAUAAAAUUCACGCGCAUCACUUUCCUCACUAUGCAUUUUAUCCUAAAGUGAUGACGAAAGUCAAGGUUGCAGAAGGAAUACUUGAAGGAGUAAAAGAAACCAAUAAGUAUGGUGGAGAAUUUUAUAGCUUCAGAGGAAUUCCUUACGCAGAACCACCUAUAGGUCACCUUCGAUUCAAGGCUCCACAAUCAAAAAAACCAUGGAAAGGAGUACGUCAAGCCCGUUACCACGGAUCUAAGUGUUACCAGUAUGAAUAUAUUCAAAAUGCGAUUCAAGGCAGUGAAGAUUGCUUGUACCUCAACGUAUAUACGCCAGAACUUCAACCAGAUACUCCUUUUCCAGUAAUGUUUUGGAUCCACGGCGGUGGCUUAGUGAGCGGGAGUGGAAACGACAACAUGUACGGUCCCGAGUUUCUUGUAAAACAAGGAGUUAUUCUUGUAACAAUUAAUUAUAGACUCGAAGUUCUCGGCUUUCUAUGUCUUCACACCAAAGAUAUACCGGGUAAUGCAGGAAUGAAGGAUCAAGUAGCCGCUCUGCGAUGGGUCCAGAAAAAUAUCAGGAACUUUGGUGGUGAUCCACAAAAUGUUACCAUAUUUGGUGAAAGUGCAGGAGGAGGAUGUGUUUCAUUCCAUUGCUUAUCUCCUAUGAGUAAAGGCCUCUUCAAAAGGGCGAUAAUUCAAAGUGGUUGUGCAACCAGCUGGUUAUCGAACAUAUCCAUGCCUCGAGAAAGAGCUAUAACACUCGCAAAAGAAUUAGGCUGCACUUCCGAAAACGACGAUGCUAUUUAUGCCUAUUUCAAAAACGUCUCAGUUCAUCAACUUGUUAACAAAAAAAUACAUUUAACGUUGUUGGAAAUUUCAAAAAAAUAUAUUCAUUCAUCAUUCGGUGUUGUUAAAGAGGAAGAAUUUCCAGAUGUCGAGCGAUUUUUUUCCGAAAAUGUAUAUGACGCUAUUCGGAAAGGAUUUCAUGAAGGUAUUGAUGUAAUAAAUGGAUAUACUGAAAACGAAGGUAUUAUAUUUCUAGCAGGAGAUCGCGACAUGAAAGAAAUAUUAUCCCAGGCUAAUAAUUACCCAGAAUUUUUCGUACCUAAGGCAUUUGAAUUAAGCUAUCCAAUAAGCACACAAAUUGAAAUUGGAAAAAAGAUUAAAAAAUAUUAUUUUCAAAACUCAAAAGUAUCUAAUGAUACAAUGGAUCAAUUCCUAAAAUUCGUAAGUGCAGAGUCCUUUAUAUAUCCAGCCAUAUUGAUGCAGAAAACAGUGGCGAAAUUAAAAAAAAAUAAAAUGUACUUUUACAAAUUCACAUGUAAAUCUGAGCGAAAUGUCUUUACACAAUAUAUUAAGGUAUCAGAUAUGUUUAAAAAUGUAACAGUAGUAUGUCACGGUGAUGAUUUGCCUUACAUUUUUCCUUUUCGAGAAAUCAACCAGGAAAUUGAAAUUAAUUCAAGGGCUUAUAAGAUGAUAGACAAAGUCACCAAGUUGUGGACAAAUUUUGCCAAAUUUGGAAAUCCUACACCAGAUGGAUUCAAAGGACUUAAAUGGAACCCAUACACAACAGAAGACGAACACUUUAUGGAUAUUGGGGAAGACCUUAAAAUUGGUUGUUCACCGGAUGAAGAAGAGGUGGAGUUUUGGAACAAUAUUUUUAAAGAAUACCAUCCUCAGAUUUCAAUUCAAUAAAUUAAAUAUGAACUGUAGAUAAUGGCAUA